AUGAUUAUUGGUACCUUAAACAUAAGAGGGGGAGGUAGUCUGAUUAAAAGGAAGAGGGUUAAUAACAUUAUCUGCAAGGGCCGGGCAGAUUUCUUUAUGAUUCAGGAAACAAAAUUGGAGGACAUUUCAGAGACUUUGGCUGAGAGUUUCUGGUCUGGAGAUGAUAUCGGUUAUUCUUUCUUAGCGUCGGAGGGACGAUCGGGCGGUAUUGUAUCUUUGUGGAGAAAUAACACUGUUACGGUUAUAGCUGGAUUUCGUGGCAAAGGCUUUCUGGGAACAAAGGUUAGCUGGAAGAAUGCUGUUUACUAUAUAGUCAAUAUUUAUUCACCCUGUUCUAUUCAUUUAAAAAGGGAUCUUUGGAAGAAUUUAUUGGAGCUAAAGCAAAGAUUCUCGGAUGGGGAUUGGAUCAUCGGGGGUGAUUUUAACGCGGUAAAGAAGAGGAGGGAGAGGUAUGGGAGGUCUAGUGAUAGUAAUUCGGUGGAAAGAAGAGAGUUCUCGGAUUUUAUUGAUGGUUGUGGUCUUGUGGAUGUCCCUUGUAAGGGGAAGAAGUUUAGUUGGUAUAGCGGUGAUGGGAGGUCCAAGAGUAGAAUUGAUAGAAUCCUUGUGUCGGAUGCCAUUGUUUCUUCUUGGGGGGUGGUUGGUCAAUUCAUUGGCAAUAGGGAUAUUUCGGAUCAUUGCCCGGUGUGGUUGGAGGUGGAUAAGGAGGAUUGGGGUCCUAAACCGUUUAAAUUCAACAACGAGUGGUUUUCUAACAAAGACUUUCUUCCUUUUGUCGAAAGAGAAUGGAUGAAGUUGGAUGUUAGUGGUAGAGGUGAUUUCGUGUUGAAAGAGAAAUUCCGGCUCAUUAAAGACAAAUUGAAUUGGUGGAAUAGGGAGGUGUUUGGUAAAUUCAAUUUGGAAAUGGAGGAGGGAGUUAGGGAUUUAAAUAAUUUGGAUGACAUGGAGGCUACGGAUGAGGAAAGCUUAGGUUUGAAAAGAGAAGCGAACAAUAGGUUUUGGUUGAAUCUUAAGAUUAAAGAGAAUAUGCUAAUUCAAAAAUAUAGAUUAAAGUGGUUGAAUGAUGGGGAUUCUAAUAGCAAGUUCUUUCAUAAAGUUAUGAUGAGAGGAGGAGAAGGAACCAUAUUAGCUCUAUAG